UACAUCAAAUUAUUAUUAUAAAAUUUAUUGUAUUGCAAUGUUGCUAUAAUAUACCAUUGCCGUUUUUAAUGAAGUGAAUAUUUUAUUUUUGUUGCAGUCUAAAAACAAUGAUGUAUUUUUGCAGAAUAAUUGCAAAAUAUUGCACCAUAUGGUGGAAUAAGGAUCAUGAUGGUGGAAUAAGGGCAAUGUUAAAAAAAACAUCGAUUAUGAAAUAAUCGGUUAUUCAAAUGAUCGAUUCUACACAAUACAUUAUUUUUUAACAGACUAAAAAAAUAAUCGAUUGUUUUGCAAAAAGAUAAAAAAAUCGACUGUUAGUUAAUUUUUUUAACAGUAAUUAUAAUGCUAGUCAGAUAAUAAACGGUUCUCACGAACCCCAUGCAUUCAUUUCAUUUGGAUUUUAAUAUGGAAUAUCGGUGCAGGGUAGAAAGUGCAGUGCUCCACUGCACUUUCUACCCUGGCGAAAAAGUCGCCUUCAAAUUUUAACUAUCCGAAUCCUAUGUUUCGAGGUUUUAGGACAAUAUACAUUUAUUAAUGUUAUUAAUUUACUUGUUUAUAAAAAUGAAAAUAUGUAGAUCACGUCAAUUAAAUAUACAUCGGAUAAUGAUCAAAAUUACGAAUUUAUCACAUUCUCUUGCAGUAUCUUUGCCUUGGAUGUAUGUCACGUCAUUGUUAUAUGUCCGGAAUAAACCUGAAAUACAAAAAAAAAAAGAAAUUUAAAUUUCAUAUAUAUUAGGGAAUAUACUAAAUACAUAAUAAAAACAUUUAUAAUUACGCUGAAACAGCUGACCUGAAAGACCAUCGCAAUAACCAGAGAGAAGGCUAAGAGACGACAUGGCCCGGUUUUAGGUGAUCCUCUAGAGACCUUGAAAGGGGAGACUGGCAAAAUGACAGGCUGUUGCAUUUUGGACUGCAACAAUAAAGGUGAGGAAGGCUAUGUCAUGAAGCGCUUUCCAAUAAAUCCCCUGUUAAAAAAAAUAUGGUUGGAGACUAUUAGAAGAAAAAAAUGGAAACCGAAACAGUAUUCAGCUGUUUGUGAGGUGCAUUUCGCAAAAAAAAUGUGGGAAAAGCCUCGACAAGAUGGGAAAAAAAAAUUGAAGACACAAGCAGUGCCAACAAUUUUCGGGAGCGUCUCAGAUGCGCACAGUAAUAAACGAACACAGCAGGCUGAGUGAAACGGACACAAACCCAAAUGCGCACAGACCAAAUGCGCACAGACCAAAUGCGCACGGACCA